UUAAUGGUGAGCACAGAGCGCAUUUUGUCUUAGAUUAGACUGGUUGUGUGAAUGUUGCUGUUCAAGUUAGUUAAAUUAGUUUCUGUAAUAGUUAAAGGAAUAUUUUGACUUGGAUCUUUCACUGCGAGAGAGUGAGAGAGAGAGAGACACACACACAGAGAGAGAGAGUUAUGGACUCUGGGCUGUUAUAAAUUCAGUAGGAUUAAUAUACUGCACAUUUAUUUGCAGCUCAAUUAUGAGUUCUUUACCACCUAUACGAGAAGACAGGAUCAUCCAUGAGCUCCCGCUGUUUUUUACAAGAGAUGCUGCAGUGCACACCAAAACAGACUUCCAUGUUACUGUGCAAACUGCAUGUCAGAAGUCAGACUCACUGAGAUUCAUGGUAGCCAAGGUCAUAGUUGUGGGUGAUGUUUCUGUGGGGAAAACAAGUUUGAUCAACAGGUUUUGCAGGGGCACUUAUGAGAAAGGCUACAAAGCCACCAUCGGAGUGGACUUUGAGAUGGAGAGGUUUGAAAUCCUGGGAGUGCCUUUCAGUCUACAGCUGUGGGAUACUGCAGGUCAGGAGAGGUUUAAAUGUGUUGCUUCCACCUACUAUAGAGGAGCUCAAGCCAUCAUAGUGGUGUUUGACUUAAGCAACUACUAUUCCCUGGACCACGCAAGGCAGUGGCUUGAAGAUGCCAUGAUAGACAACGAUCCUUCCAGUGUGCUGCUCUUCCUUGUAGGGACAAAGAAAGACCUGAGUCAUCCAGAUGUGGUGGAUAAAAUGGAGCAAGAAGCCAUCAAAUUUUCAGAGGAGAUAAGAGCCGAGUACUGGGCUGUGUCCGCUCUCUCAGGAGAGAGUAUAAGGGAUUUCUUUUUCCGGGUUGCAUCGCUGACCUUUGAGGCCCGUGUAUUAGCUGAACUGGAGAGGAACAAUAAUAAACAAUCAGACGGUAUCGUUAAAAUCACGGAUCACGAUGACAAAACAUCCAAAAAGAAGCAGCCAAACUGCUGUAACUAAGCGAACUAAGAAGCAGGAUUCAUGUGUAUGAACAUCUCAGAGACAGAGACCAAGAUCAACACAAUGUGACUACAGACUGCGGCACGGGACGCAAUCUCCGGCUCUGCUGAACCAUGUGACCUUGUUGAGCUGCUAAUCCUAAAAUUGCAGACUAUGAGCCACGUUUUAAGCAUUCAUUUCUACAAUAAAGAACAAUUGCCAAGAAAAUCUCCUGAAAAAUUUUGCCACACUGUUGAGCAGAGACAAAAAUUUUUGCUUUUUUCUUUAUGGUUGCAUUUGAUUUGAUAUUAUAGAAACAGUUUACUAUG